UCAAAAGUUUCUGCCUAAGGAUUUCCUUCCGUUGAUUUGCUUGCGUGGUCGGCUUCGUACGCUUGUUGCCUAUGCUUCGGAAACUAUAAAUACUCACCAAACCCCAUCAACAACGCUUCGCUUUCGUCGGAUCCGCCGACGUUCCAUCAGAUUCCAUCAUGUUCUCAUCAAACCGAUCGAGAUACCAGGAGGGGAGCUUCUCAAAACACCGAGCGAGCAAGUCGAAAUCGCACAAGAAGAAUCCUUCGUUCAGGGACUCUCCACGGAAGGUCGAGAAACUUGCGCAGCAGGCUCAAGCAUCAUCGCCACAGUCAAAUCAGACAUCACCAACGAUGGGAAGUGCAAUUAUCACGCUUUCUGUCGGGCGCGAGCAGCGUCUCUUUGCAGCUCACGAGGACGUUUUGUGCCACUCUCCCUUCUUCCAGUCCGCAUGCCGCGAUCAGUUCUUCCAAACAACCAACAAACGCAUCGACCUUCCCGACGAAGAGCCUGAAGUCUUCUCGUCUGUCCUUGAGUAUCUCUACAAAGGCGACUACUACCCUCGCCUUGAGUACGACACGAAAAGAAAGAGCUGGAAUCUCGAAGAUGGCGGGAACGGCAACGGCACCAGCGAAGCCGUAGUCUACACUGCCGCUGGCCCAGUCCUGAAGGACACUGUCAUCUACUGCCAGGCUGACAAGUACGGACUCCAGGAGCUGAAGAAGCUUGCUUUGCGGAAGCAAGGUCUCCAGUCUGGCAUCCAGUGCUCGACCAUCCUGACGUCUGCUCGCUUCGCAUAUGCGAAUACCUCCGACAACGACUCGAAGCUUCGAGCGCACUAUCUCGCUCUCAUUAUCCGAGCAAGACACACUUUCAAGCGCAGCGGCACGAUGCAGAAUGAGAUGGAGAAUGGUGGUAAGCUAUUCUUCGACCUCUUCGUCGCGAUGGUCAAUCACAUGGAUGACUUGGCUUCGAAGACGCCUCGCUAGGUGGUUCAACAUCGCCACUCAUCCACAUUGCACCACAACGAUUCCAUCUCAUCUCCGACUGCCUCAUUCUAACUCUGCUCUCUAUUCGACACAUCGCCGUUAGCACAGCCUCGCGUCGUGCCCUCGUGCGCAUCUCUUCUCUUCAAGCCAUCGCUCUGACUCACACUUCCGCCCCCUCCGAUUCAUCCCGACACCGACUCCGACGCCGCCGACCAUCUACCCCUUAUUAUCCUAGUCACCAAAAUCAUCCCGCAUCGUAUACCCACGUCGGACUCACCGUCCGCCGUUGCUGUUCUCUUGUAUCAUACACUUGCCUCGAUCAGCCACGCGGCCACGAC